AUGAAAAUCUCCUGCAAGUAUAUCGUCGCAGUGUUAGUCGUGUUAUGGUCGGUCCACGCCACUGAGUCAGCUCGGACGCCGUUCGCGUGCGACCCGACAAGCGAUUUCACUCGGACGCUACCGUUCUGCCGGGUGGAUCUACCGAUCGAGGCGAGGGUGAAGGACUUGAUCGGACGGCUGACGCUGCAUGAGAAGGUCCAGCUUCUAGGUGAUAACGCAGCGGCGGUGCCUCGGCUCGGCAUCCAGUGGUACAAAUGGUGGUCGGAGGCUCUUCACGGCGUCUCGGACGUGGGGCCCGGCACCAGGUUCGGCGGUGCAUACCCAGCUGCCACUAGUUUCCCUCAGGUCAUCACCACGGCUGCAUCCUUCAACCAGACGCUCUGGGAAGAGAUCGGACGGGUGAGAAUACAAGGUGGUGUCUAA